AUGUAUCAUCCUGUUUGUGGAGGUCAGGAGUCCCAGAUCAAGGUGUUGGCAGGACUGAAGACACAUGAGAAAGCCCAGCUCUUCUGCAAAUUCCGUCUGGAUACUCGACUGUCCUUCCAGACCCGCCUGGGGCCCGCGGAGGUCCGCCGGCCGAAAGGGGGCCGUCACCGCCGACCUCAGCCCCGACCCCGGCUCCGGCUCUCACCGCCGACCUCGGCCCCGACCCCCGCUCUCACCGCCGACUUCGGCCCCGGGCCCGACCCCCGCUCUCACCGCCGACCUCGGCCCCGACCGCGGCCCCCUCUCACCGCCGACCUCGGCCCCGACCCCGACCCCCGCUCUCACCGCCGACCUCGGCCCCGGGCCCGACCCCCGCUCUCACCGCCGACCUCGGCCCCGGGCCCGACCCCCGCUCUCAACCUGGCCUCGCCACCACCCCUUCGCCUUUCCUCCUCUGCGUCCUUGUCUGACUCCUGGGUGACGGGAAGUCGCGUCCGGCUGUUGCAAGCAGUGGACACGGAGUACACCGCGGACUCGGUGGAGUGGUGCCCGCUGGAAGGCUGCAGGCACUUGUUGGCCUGCGGCACCUACCAGCUGCAGAAGCCAGAAGACCAGCCCACCAACCCUGAGAACGAGAGUGGACUGGACAUUGAUGAGCCUCAAAUCCGUUUAGGUCGUCUCUACCUGUAUAGUUUCAAUGAGGACAGCUCUGCUUGCCCCCUGCUUGAGAUCCAAAGAAGAGAUACUUCUGCAAUCCUGGACAUGAAAUGGUGCCACAUCCCGGUGGCUGGCUGUGCCCUCUUGGGCGUGGCAGAUGCUGGUGGGUCCAUAGAACUACUCCGCUUGGUGGGAUCUGAGAAUGCUUACACACUGCAGCCGGUUUCCAGCUUUGCCCUGGAGAAGCAGUGCCUGGCCCUGUCUCUGGAUUGGUCCACCGGGAAAACGGAAAGGCCCAGUGACCAGCCCUUGAAAAUCAUUAGCAGUGACUCCAAGGGGCAGCUCCACCUGCUAGAGGUGAAUGAGGCGGGGCCGGCGCUGCAGGAGCUGGUCACGUGGCAUGCCCACCACUUUGAGGCCUGGAUUGCUGCUUUCAAUUACUGGCAGACAGAAAUCGUUUAUUCAGGUGGGGACGAUGGCCUUCUGAAAGGCUGGGACACCAGGACACCUGGCGUAUCUGUGUUCACUAGCAAGAGACACUCCAUGGGUGUGUGCAGCAUCCAGAGUAGUCCCCAUCGGGAGAACGUCUUGGCCACAGGAAGCUAUGAUGAGCGCGUUCUCCUGUGGGACACUCGGAACAUGAAGCAGCCAUUCGCAGACAUGCCCACUCAGGGCGGAGUGUGGAGGCUCAAGUGGCACCCUUUCCACCACCACCUGCUCCUGGCAGCGUGCAUGCACAGUGGCUUUAAGAUUUUCAACUGCCAAAAGGCGAUAGAGGAGAAGCAGGAAGCCUGCACAGUCUCUGUGUCCCAUACGUUGUCCGACUCAUUGGUAUAUGGAGCCGACUGGUCCUGGGUCUACUUCAGCAAUCUGUCCCAGACCUGCCAGUCAUGCUGCUCAGGGUCCUUUCCCUGCAGCAACUCAGGAGCCAGAGCAGCGCAUCCCUGUAACUUGAAGGCUGUACGCCAGUUACCAGCACCUUCUCAUCAUUUAGCAGAGGAUGAUGAAGAGGGUCAUUCCACACUUCAGAGUGGCAACAAACUGAGGACGACUCUGCAGCCACUCGCAGAGGACACAAUGAGGAGUGGCGGCUGGCAGCACACUGCAGGGACCACUGUCUCUGACCGCGACCUCUCUCUGGAAGCAGCAAACUUGGACACUGCCCUCCUAGCGACUUGCUCCUUUUACGAUCACGUUCUUCACCUCUGGAAGUGGAAGAGCCACUGAGCUAGGGAAGAGUUUGGUUGGCUUGAUGUCGUAAGGACCACUUCCGCAAAUAAAACCCAGAGUGUGACUUUGUGAGUGAACUGCCCUCAGACCAUCUCGUUGAGAGUCUUCCUGUCAUCUUCUACAGGUGACUGUGUAGGGCUCAGUGCACCUUAUGGGCUUUCCAGUCUGAGCAAAGAAGCUGUUGGCUUCUCUUACAUAAAGCUCAUCUAUCUGCUGGGGACGUGGUGACAACUCUGCCUGAUACCAAGGAGUCUGCUGUUACGGGAGUGGAAGGGUCUUGGUUCCCAGCUCUCACACUCGUCAGUUUCUUGUGUGAAUUGGACACUCAAUUCUUCAUACUUAUUUAAAUUAACUAAAUGAAAGUG